AUGACAGACCAAAGGGGGGAUGCACCAAAGAAACAGGUACAGACUCCUAAAGCUUUUGCCAGGAUCCCUGCUCUAUUCACAAGUUAAUUAAAUUUCUAACACGCUUUACCAGGGCGCUAAGAAGAUAACAGCCCCGGCUCCCAGUAUUCAGAUACCUUCCUGUCUCAUUUCUUUGGCAGAGUGGGUCACAGUCUUACCAAACUGAACAUCAGCAAAGCAGAAGAACAUGAAGAAAAUGAAUGUGCAUAUGUGUGUGUGGGGGGGGGGUUAGAUUUCAAAAAAUGUAUAAGACCCCUGCUUCUAUUACUUUCAACAGUAGUUUAAUCGGCUGGCAUUAACAGCUGACAAACCCCCAGGCCAUGAAAAGCUUCCCUUAUUGAUCUCUGCAGAUGGAGCUCCUGUUAAAGUUACUCAAGGAUUAUUUCCUCUUAAGCAGCUGGCUAGCUAAUGUAUGCUUGUUUUCCUAUAGAGCCAGAGCAGAUCGUUUUUUGAGAAAGGUUUCUAACCUUUUUUAAACUAUAAACUUUGAAGGAAGCAACGGUGUUCAAAGUCUGCGCGGCACAAGGAAGCUAUGACGACACUUUCAACUUUGGGAGGGGGCAGAAUUCCCCGGAACUUUCACUUUCAUUUGCUGUGCCAUGCCAAAGAGGACAACCGCAGCAAGGAAGGAGCGGUGAGUUUUCCCCCAAAGUCUGAACCUUCCCUCAAAUUAAAUGUUGAGCCUGGGCUGUUGACUAGAAAGGGGCCUUGCUUCUUGUUCUGUAAAUACAUGUCUCUUUUGUCCUCCUGUCGUCGCUGAUCAAACAGGUUUGGCUGGGUUUACAGAAUAAUAAACAAACCUGAGCCAGAGCUGCGGAAGCAGGGUGAUAUACUGUUUAUAAUAUACAAUAUAUAUAUACCUGUGUCAGAUGGAAGUGGGAUAGGCACCCACAACACAACUUCUGCACUAGAAAAUAAAUUUGUUGUGCUUACCUGGGAGAAAAAAACCAUUGAAUUCAAUAUAAUUUACUCCUGAAUACGGACAGACAUAGUUGCUGCAAAGUUCUUUUCUUGCUUUUGCUGUAAUUAUCACAGCUUCCCCUCUAAGUUUUUGUCAAACAGACUUUGGAACUUGACCUGAAUGUACCCAAUAUGCACACAUAAUGGAGUACUCUGUGGUAUAUUUGAUACUCACAGAGCAUGAAAAGGCAGGACAUCAGUUCUACAGAGCUGUGUGGAGAUAGAACAUAUUUGUUUUGUAACAAAAGGAAAACUGAGCAGAAUGGGGCCAAUCUAUUUUUAUUAUAUGACUCCUACCUAUGUAGCAUUCAUUUUGGGGUGAGGUUGGGCUCACCUUUCUUUAGAGGGAGGUAACUGAUAUUUGCAACCACUGGUUCCCCUUGACAUUAUGCUUUUUUUCCAGAAACUUGUCCCUCUUACUGUAUUGUUGGAUGAGCAUUUUAGGAAUGUGGUAUUGUUUGUUGUUUCAUUCUUUUCAAUGGCUUUUUUAAAAAAAAAUGGUAUUUAUUACUUUUUUAGCAUUUCCAACACAAACAAAAAAGAGAAAAAAGAAAAAAGAGAAAAAACAAUGCAAAUACAAUACACAAACGCUACAUGAACUAAAAAGAACAAAUAAAAACAAGCAAAAACAAUUUAAAAUCACCUCAAACAUUUUCAAUAUCUUAUAUUUCAUUCCCUUAUUUCCAGCGACCUCCUCCCACCUCCCAGCAAUUCCUUUCCAUCUUACUCUGUUUUCUGUUCUAUAAUUAUCUUAACACAUUCUUGCCAUACUUUUCCUUUAAUUUUCUAUUAAUCUAUUUAUACCUGAUUCCUUAUGACAUUUCUACUAAAGCCAUAUAAUUUCAUUCCAACAUUUUUCUAACAUUCCUUAAUUUUACAAUAUCUCUAUAAAUGGUCUUUAAACCUUUUCCAAUCUUCUUCCACCGACUCUUCACCCUGGUCUCGGAUCUUGCCAGCCAUUUCCGCCAAUUCCAUAUAGUCCAUCAAUUUCAUCUGCCAUUGUCCAACGCUUCAAUGUUUUCAAAAAGCAACCAUUCUCUCAACCAGCAAAAAGCAGAUGGUUCACAGCAAAAUUUAAAGGUCUAGCAGGGCAGGUCCUCCUCCUUCUUUGGCAUCCAUCAAUAUCUUAAGUUUUACUCGAGGCUUCCUGCCCUGCCAGACAACUCUAGGAGCAUCCCUCUGCCACCUCCUGAAACCCUCCAUCCCAUCCAAAGCUUGCAAUGUUUGAAACAAAAGCAACAUCCCCAGCAACACAGCAGCCCUCAUCCCCACCACAAUAACUUGACCCAACAAUGACAACUUCUGAUUUGUCCAUAUUUCCAGAUCCCCCUUCUCUUCAAUCCAACAUCCUUCACAGUUAUCCUUAAGCAGAUUCACAUUUUUGGCAGUCAUAUCAACCCCCAAAUACCUCUCCUUCUCAACCAAUGUUAGUAUCGCCUCCUGAAACUCUGUCAAGCUUUCCUUUUCCAAUUCAGAUGUCAACUUAUGUUCGUCAGGUUGUCUUUGUAUAGAUGGGACUCUCCUCUCCAGUUGUAUUAUUUUAGAUUCAGCAGCAAGGGUUUCCCCCUGACUUCAUCUGCAAUUUGCCAUAUCGAAGUAGGUUCCUGUGUCAGUUUCUGAGUGGUUUCUGAAUUGGUAUUCACCUUUUGCCCCAAGUUGUUUAAGCUUUCUACAGUUGAAUCAAUUUCAAUACUUCCAACAUCCAAUUUCACAUUUCUCGCAUCUAUUUUCUUGUGGAGUUGUUCCAGCGAAUCGUUUAUUUUCAAUAAUACAGCCACUAAGGCCCCCUCUGUCGACAUCCCGUCUGUUUUUACCUUUCCGUUUGCCAUAACACUUAAAAGAUUCAAGGUCAAUUCCAAAGCCUCACACUUUCUUAUCUUGCAGCUGGAAAAUCCACUAGCCCAGCUCCUAUCAAGUAAAUUUCGAAAGCUUCCACAAGGGGAGAACAAGUUGUAUUUGUAUCGUUCAGUAUGUCCUCUUUUGAACACAGUUUCAAUAAUCCAAAAAUUAGUUUCAAUUUUCAGUUACUUUCUUCCUUUUUUAAUAAAGUUCAGUAAGAUUGUUUCAAUUUUUCGUUACUUUACUCCUUUUUAAGUACAGACGAAAACAAUGGAAACAAUGUAUCUCUCUUAUGCUAGCUGUCACCGUAUUCGCUGUCAAUGAACCUUCCAAGGCACGUCGGUUUUACUGGCAGCCUGUUUCCAGGUUCGGAGCGGUGGUAUUUUAACUUCCUCACUCACUCCUACAGGAAUAUACAAUCCAAAACCUCCCCCCUCUUCUCCUGCUUCCAAGGGGGGUUUAAUAUUUUUUACUGAUGAGAAUUUAGUCCUUUACAAUGGGCUUUCCAAGGCUUUAGCUUGCAGCCUCUUUGCCUCAGUCUUAUUUACAAAAAGGGGAGGUGGACUUCCUGUUUUGAACCUCCCCCAUUUCGGUGCCAAAUUAGAACAUUUAAAAAUCCAAUUCUUUAGUCUACUCACGGGUAGUUGCUUUAAGAUCAAAUUGUCCACAGGAAAAAGUCAGCGCUCUCCAGCAACAGCUAUGCGGCUUCGCUUCGUGGAAAAAGCAGUCGAUCCGAAGCACCGCGCCGCUCACCCCACAUCGCUCUGGAUCCCCGAAAUUGGGUUUCCCCGUGAGUAGGGGAGGCGCAAAAGGUGCCCGCCGAAUCCCACGUUCACAGGCUUCAACCGCCUGUGAUUUUUAGAGGGUCUCCGCCUUCGCCGUGGCGGCCAGACCCAAAUUUCCACGAGGCAGAUUCCUCCCGGUCAGAGGAAUUCUGCCAUUGCCGGUGGCGCCAACCCGGAAGCUCCUUUUCAAUGGCUUUUGAUUUCCCCCCUUUGCAUUUUGUCAUUAAGUUGCUUAUACACUAUAAUACUAAUACUACUACUACUAAUAAAUGGGUUAAGGAGACUCCUUUUAUGAAAUCGUUCUGUAAAAUUAUUGUGCAUCCUUCAGCUCACAGCUCAUGACACUUUGCAGAAACUGGUCAGCCCCGUUUUUGCUUCUUCAGUCCAAUCAGAAGAGAACUGA